CCUAAAAUCUCCUCCUAGGGUUCUUCCAAAUCGCGAGAGAAUGCUGCGAUCAGUUCACUGCACUGGACGGAUUGGAGGCUGCCUGGCGGAAGAUCGAAAUUUCUCUUUUCCGGGCUCGCGCAAGCUGCCACCGCGGAGCGCCCGCCUGUCUUCCAGAUUUCGAUCUUCACCAGCACAGCCGAUUCGAGCCUUAGAACAGGAUUUACAACACCAGCGCCUCGACAUCGAGGAGGAGAAGAGAUCGGGGGGUUUCUUGGAGCGCCUGGCCCGUGCUUGGGAGAUCCUCUUCCCUCCAGAGGAUACAGCCGCCGCCAGGCCCUUCGCGUCCAAUGCCGAGAUCGCCAAGCAGCGGCUGAAAAUGAUCCUCAUCUCGGAUCGCUGCUCCAUCACCGACGACGCCAAGAAGAAGAUCGUGACCAACAUCGUGGGCGCCUUGGCCGACUUUGUGGAGAUCGAGUCGGAGGAGAAGGUCCAGCUCAACGUCCUGGCCGACCCCGAGCUUGGGACGGUCUACUCGGUCACGGUCCCCGUGCGAAGGGUGAAGCCGGAGUACCAGGAGUUUAGCAAAGAGAUCGAACAAGGCCUGGAGUACCAGCCCGUGGGUGAUAGCGGAGCCCGCACAGUGGCGAUCAAGCUCGAGGAAUCGUGACGAGGUACGAUUAAGGUUCUAGACUUUUUCACAUCGUGGCAAGACCAGAGAGGGGUGGUGGUCAUCUUAUUUCUUCCAGGGCAGGCAAGCACUUGAGAGUCUUGAGAGACUGCGCAGAGAUAUUCGUGAGAUCUUUCAUAGGAGCUUGGCCAUUGUUAUAUAGAAACAGGGACAAAAGCGAUGAGAAAUCGGUGAGCUCGUUGUUUGUGAGCAUGAAGCGUCGUUUUUCAUGCCAGGAAGGAGAGGCAUCGGUGAAGCUGAAGUCGAGGUUGUGUUCGUGGCCUUGCUCGCGUCGCAGCUCUAUAUAUCUCGAGCUUUAGUCGGAUCGAUUCUUUUUUAGCUUGAGCGCUCGCGAGCCCAAGUCUCAUGAAAUGUUGUUCCUUGGACAGAAAAGAAAGAGUUUUCUCUUGCUAGCUUAAGCAUCGGCUGCGCUUUUUAUGGAGAAAUCCUAGUACUAUAACAUCCCCCCUAGAGCUUUGCCACCUU